AUGGCUGGACUGCCAUGCCUGCCAACGCUGGUGCUAUUUUCAAGGACCAAUCCUUUAUCAAACGGGGUUGUUGCUAUAGAGCUCGACGAGAUCGAGUUCCCUUACAACGAUUCUGUGGUCGCGAAGACUCUGGAGUAUGCGAGAACUGUCCUCUACCCGGAAACCCUCAACCAUUCCAUGAGAGUCUACUACUACCAACAGUUCCCCGCGCAAGCAGCGUCGCUGAAUCCGGCUACCUGGGCCCUUACCUGUCUACUGCAUGACCUCGGCACCGGCGAAGAGAACCUCACUGCGACUCGAAUGUCCUUCGAUAUCUACGGAGGCAUCAAGGCGCUGUAUGUUUUGGAGGACUUCGGUGCGACCACGGAUCAGGCCGAGGCGGCUGCCGAGGCUAUCAUCCGACACGAGGAUAUGGGCGUGGAUGGCGCCAUCACGUAUUUUGGCCAGCUUGGCUUCAAGAAACUGGUUCAUGACACCACCCGCAGACUGAUCAAUGAGGCUCAUCCGCGACUUCAAAUGGAGGAGUUGGUCAAGCCUUGGUGCCAUUCUACUCAUCUGGUGGAUUUUGACCGCCUGAUUGAGGCUAACACGCUGAUGAAGCAGUGGUAG